UUCUACAACAAACAUGGCCGCGAAAUCAGACGGUACAGCCGUUUCUUUACAGAAUGAUAUUCAGCCGACGUGUCUCCCCGAGCCGGAGAAGCGCUCGCCCCAGUGGCGUCGCGUCGAGAAGGAGUAUUCGCUCCUGGACUGCUGCUGGACCCUCUGGGCCCUCUUGGUCUUUUUCUCGGACGGGGCUUCAGACCUGUGGCUGGCUGCCGACUACUAUCUCAGGCGGGACUACUGGUGGUUCGCUCUGACACUCGUUUUUAUCAUCAUUCCUUCUGUUGUGGUGCAGGUGCUUAGCUUCCGAUGGUUCGCGUACGAUUACUUGGACUCGAACGGGAGCGGCACGGCUGCGGCUGCUAUGGUAGCGGCGUCCAAUGCGGAGAGCCACUUCAGCACCAAGGACAGCGAUCAGCGGGGUGCUGGCCGCUCCGCUGCGGUCACCGGAACCCGGAGCAACGCUGAGAGCUGCUGCAGAGCCUGCGUGUGGCUCUUCCAAAGCGUCGUGCACGUUUUUCAGCUGGCACAGGUGUGGAGGUAUGUCCAUGCCUUAUAUUUGGGUGUACAAAGCCGCUGGCAUGGGGACCGCGAGCACAAACACUUCUACUGGCGUACGAUGUUUGAGAAAGCUGACAUCAGCAUGCUGAGGCUGCUUGAGACCUUCCUGAAGAGCGCACCUCAGCUUGUUCUUCAACUCAGCAUUAUGGUCCAGACCAGCCAGGUCCUCCCUUUGCAGGGUCUGUCUGCUUCAGCCUCGCUAGUGUCUCUGGGCUGGAUGAUGGCAUCUUAUCAGAAGGCAUUACGGGACUCUCGUGACGACAAGCUCCCCAUGUCAUAUAAAGCAGUGGUGGUGCACAUGCUGUGGCACCUGUUCACAGUGGGAGCCCGCGCCAUGGCCUUCGCCCUCUUUGUUUCCAUUUUCCAGCUCUACUUCGGCAUUUUCAUCGUGGCCCACUGGUGCGCAAUGACCUUCUGGAUCAUCCAAGGUGAGACAGACUUCUGCAUGUCCAAGUGGGAGGAGAUCAUCUACAACAUGAUGGUAGGCAUCGUGUACAUAUUCUGCUGGUUUAGCGUCCGUGAGGGCCCUACGCGGUGCCGUCUGCUGCUUUACAGCCUCAUAAUCCUGGGAGAAAAUGUGGCCCUCACUGCCGUGUGGUAUAUAUACCGCAGCCCACUCACUUCAGACUUUUACGCCGUGGUGGUGGUGUGUGUGGUGGCCUGUAGCUACGCCCUGGGCACAUUUUUUAUGUUUGUCUUCUACUGCCUUUUGCACCCUGAUGGCCCUGUGUCUGGGGCCUAUCUUGGAUGUUGUGAUGUCCAGAUGGGUGCUGUUUCAGAUCCUUGUGUCUCGUCGCCCACCUCCGCUCCUCCUCCUCUGGAUGUGGUGAGCAGCCCGCCGCGGACUCUGCAGAGGACUAAAGGAGGAGAGUCAGUACCAGGAGGAGAUGUUGGAGAAGUGUUUAAAAUGCGGACCCUUAAAGCCUCGCGAACCGCUGCGCCUCGCCUCACCCCAAGGACAGAGGGGCCGGUAAUUCGCAUCGACCUUCCCAGGAAGCAAUACCCAGCCUGGGACGCCCACUUCAUUGAUCGCAGGCUGCGAAAGACCAUUUUGGUACUGGAAGCCGCAGCUCCGGUCACACCAAGGAUCCAGUACCGCUGUCUAGGCACACCGAAGGAAGUGAUGGAAUACGAGACGACAGUCUGAGAUGUUUUACCUUCUCCAAAUAAAAGAUGUAAUGUUUAGUGAGGAGAAAAGUCAUUUCUGUCUAGCUUUAUUUGUUGAAGAAGAGUUUGUCAGAUCUCCACAUGACCCCUUGUUGACUCUUGCAAUCUGUGGAAGCACAUGAGACACUAGUGUCUAGCAAAGAGCCACCCUGUGGUGACAUUAGACAUUACUACAGGUUAUUGGAUUAGGAGGUUAGGCAGGGGUCUGACCAAAUAAAUGUGGCCAUGGUAAAUCUAUAAUGAGCAAAACAACAUAUCAGUGUGGUAGAUUAACAGCAAUGGUGCUUAAAACACUGUUUCAAACCAUCCUAGGUGUUUUUAAAGCUUUUGUGGCAGCUGCCGUAUUCAACAAAUACUGAAUCCAUUUGGCCAUAAUUCAAUGGGUUUUGAGGUUGUAGUAGGUACAAGUAAAAUGUGUGAGUUGUCUCAUUAAACGCCUUAAGACUUUCUAACAUUUGGCUAUUCAGCAUCUGAAAGGGGCAUUUCACCCUGUUGAAAAAUUUAAAGGGGUCCUAUUAUGCUCUUUUUUUUUGUUUAGGGGAUGUACUAGAAUAGGCUCUCAUACUAGGUUGUUCAAAAAACACAUUAUUUUUUCACAUAUUUUACAUUAUUACAAGACCUCUCUCCCUAGUCUUGAAUGAACAGCUCGAAUAAUUCCUGUAUCAAAUGAAGGCCCGCCUUCUGAAAUUCAAAAUGUGCUGUGAUUGGUUAGCUGGGCCAUGUGUGUUGUGAUUGGCACCACUCGGCGCCUGGUUGGGAAAUGUCAUGUCCCUUACCAUAGCUACCUGCGAGCUUUGUUGCGUCAAAAUCAAAUCAAAUUGAGCGUGAUUUAAACUUUUGAGUAUGAGUUGUCUGCCUUGGGAAAGCUAGCGUGUCUCCUAGAUAGUGAUAAUACUUGUUGGCUUCUCUAGUGCAGCUCCACCAGGUCUCGUCCCAUUUGUCGAUAUUUGUGAUAUCACAAAACCCAGAAAAUGUGCGUUGUAGUCCAAACGAGUCAUUCGUUGUAGUUUUUAAAAAGUGAUUUCUGUUAAAUGUCAUAUCUCCUUUUGAUUUUGACUUUGAGCUUUGUAACUUUGCAGAUCUUUUUUUCAUGCGUAAACAGCAACAUUACAGACUAACUAAAGUUGAAAAAGUGAAAAAGCAUAAUAGCACCCCUUUAAUGAAUAAAUAAAAACGGUUUGUGUGCUAGAUAAUUAAAGGGUUGAUUUUCUGGUAACACAGGUAUUUUAUUAAGCACAGAAUAUGUUGCCUUCAAGAACAUGGAUCAGACUUUGCAAGAAACAAGGUCUCUUUUCAGGACAUUUCCGCUAACCUUUCAAGUGAAAAAUUGCAUGUCAUUGAAAAAUUUGGGAUUUCUUUUUUUAAACGUUCUCAAAGGACAUUUGUGUCAUAAUGGAAAUAAUGGGUCUGAUUCUGAAAAAGGGCUGAGUGUCCCUUUAAAAAGGAUUGAAUGAAUGUUUAUCUCAAGAACACAGAACACUGAUUAAUACGGUUUAUUAUAUACCUGUAAUAGGAACCAAUGUUUAUUUUGCAGUAUUUCAAAUGUUUCUAAGAUAACAAAGAUUAUGAGUUCACAUUUUAAAGUAUUUGACAGCUGAAGGGAAAGAAAAAUCAUAUAAUAUAUGUUUACAUGUUUCAAAAUAGUUCUCUUUUUAGGAUUCAUGAAAAGUUAUCGUCAUUAAGAGUAUACCAGUUCAAGUCAUCUACAAAAUUUGGUGCAAUAAUACUCAUAAAUGUUUGGAGAGUGAACAUUUUGAUGGAUAUGAACAAGUCCCUUUAUCUGUUACUUUAACAUUUUAUUUAAAACUUAAAUUAAGAUAAUGAUACAUUUGGUCAUCAAUACCAACUACAUAUCAUCUACCAACUGAUGAGAAUGUAUAUUUGUACUCUGAUCAAAACAAUAACUAUCUUUUUCUAUCUUUCUUUAUUGACCCUGUUCUGUACAAAUGACUAAGAACAGUAUUUUGCAUUGACUGACUAUUGGGCUGUUUAAUAGAAAGAAGAUGAAUAAU